AUGCAUCUGUCGGCGGCCCUGAAGAGCGAAUACAAUCCGUUGCACUACAUACGCGCCGCCGGCAACAAUGGCCACAACAGCGCCGGGGGCACGCCCCCCGCCCACGGUGGCUAUAAUCAGGGACACGCGGCCGCCUUGGGCGGCUCCAGCACACCGACGAGCACCGGGCACAAUUCACAUCACACCAUGUCGUACCACAAUAUGUUCACGCCGUCCCGCGAUCCCGGCACCAUGUGGCGCUGUCGCUCCUGCGGCAAGGAGGUCACCAAUCGUUGGCAUCACUUUCACUCCCACACCGCCCAGCGAUCGAUGUGUCCCUAUUGCCCGGCCACCUACAGUCGGAUCGACACGUUGCGCUCGCAUCUGCGGGUCAAGCAUCCGGAUCGUCUGCUCAAGCUGAACUCCUCGAUAUAA